GCUCAGCCUUUGAGGGACGUGACAGCUAAAGCCGGCGCACGUUAUGCAGAAGGGACGUUAAGCGUGUGCCACGUGUAUGACGCGAAUUGGCGCGUCAGAAACACGCGUACGGCAAUUAACACUACCAUAUCCUUCUCCGCGUAACCGUUUCCUCUUUCAUUUUCACUUGUGUGUUUGCCUAAACUUUCCAAAACUCUUUGAAGCAAAAACGCUCCAGCUUGAAGAAUCAGCACAUCGAGUCAACUUCACAUCAGUUUCAGGUAAAAAUGGUUUCAUUGAGAGAACUCACAGAGCAACGAGGUAACCAAGGCAGAGAGAGAGAAGAGGGAGGGGUUUUGUCAGUGGAGCCUAUCACGAUGAUAGUGCCGCCUGAGUUGCAGGACUCGCCGGAGACAAUGGCGCCUGAGAGAAGCGCCAGUUCGAGCGCCAGGGAUGAUGGUGGCGACCACCCUACUUCGCCGUCUAGCAGCUCAUCUACUGAAGAGACACCUAGCCGUGAAGAAGGGAUGGGGGAUGUGGUGAGCAGCGUCUCAGAUCGGCUGGUGGUUGGGGAAUGGGAAGGCGCGACAAUCCCGGGCAGGUUGAGUAACCUACGAAAAGCACCAAAGGACCUGCCCGCUGGCUUCAGGUUCAAGGCUGUACUUCAUCACGAAGUAGCAGAUUGUGCGCCCUCCAUAAGUGGGUAUAAAAGACUCGAGGAGAUGGUGAGGGCGUACCACAUCCCCAGGACCAUAUUGCUGCGAACUGGCGGGCAGAACGAAAGGGCGUGCACAGUGUCACCAACGGGCUGGAUCCCAGUGUAUGUGGACCACUUCGACGCCGGCCUGCAGUUUCCCUUGCCCGGAUUGGUGUUCGACCUGCUGGCAGAUUACGAGCUGGCGCUGACGCAGCUGACACCCAACAGCAUAAGGUUCAUUAUUGGCUUUAUGCUGCUGUGUGAGCGUUUAGAGGUACCGGCCAAGGCGAUCGUGUUCAGGUCGCUGUUUCAAUGCCGGCUGUGUCCCAACUCUCGAGGCGCGAAGUGGUACUACCUCUCCAGGAGAGACAAAAGCCAGCUGUUCAAGAAUGUCCGGAACAAAGUAGUGAGGUGGAAGAGGCAGUUCAUAUUUGUUCGCGACACGCGAACAGAGAGGAUAAGCAACGACCUCGCUGCCCGGCUGUCAGAAUGGCGCACGCCCAAUGCUCAUAUCAACUACCCUCAGCUGCUGCCCUGGGAUGUCGAUCUGAAGAACCAGCUGCUUGACGAAGGUAUAUUUUCAUCACAUAACGUAGAUUUUAGCCGAGCUGAGGCUUAUGCAUUUGUUUGUGCAGGUGAAAUGAGCAGCAUACUGGAACGUCAGCGUCAACGUGCCCAGAGCUCCCGAGGCCGUGGAGCGAGCAGCGCGCAACCCCGGCAAACACGGUUUGACGAGCGGCCACCCCAAGCGCCUCAAUCACGUGGCUCAUCACACAGGGGAUCCAGCUCGUCGUCAAGGCCGCGAGCGGGUCACAGCUCUGAGGUUGCAGCUCCGGGCGCGCGCAGACGCGCACGCGAGGAGACCGAGAGUGAGGAGGAUGAGGUCCCCCUUGCUAGGCGCAUAAGAAGCGGGGGGACUCAGCCCGCACAGGCGGCUCGUCCUGUGACCGUGCGUUCACCGACCGCACCGUCAGCGACUGUGCGGGCAGCAGUGGAGCCCGCCUCUGCAUCGGCCUCGACAUCCGGCCCCAGGAUUGCUUAUCCUGAGGGCUUCAGCUAUGUGCGGGCAGAGUGUCAGCCCGCCAUGGUGCAAGCCAUGCACAACUUUGUGCCCCCUAUGGAUAACAAGCGGGCCAAAGCUUUUGUGCAGCAGCAUGGCGGCCAGGUCGCCAUGAUAAAACUUAUGGAUGCAUUCAGCUAUGCUGUGGCUAUGUACGAGAGUGAGCAGGCGGCUCGUACACAGAACAGCGAGCUCGGUUCCAAGUGCAAGCAACUGGCUGUUGAGAAGGCCAGCCUUGUGGACGAUGUGAAUCGUCUGCAAGGCUCUGAAAUGGCGAACCGAGCUGCGGCUGCAGAGAGCCAGGCGGAUGAGCUCGCCAAUAAGAACAACGAGCUCAGGGAGGAGUUGGAGCGAGCUCGAGCUGAGAGAGAGAGCGGAAUACAGGCGGCAAAGGAUGAGGCCGCCAGGGUUGAGGAGAGGGCGAAGAAGGCUGAGGCCGACAGGGAUCAUGCUCAGCACGAGCUGAGCUCCCUUAGGCACCAAGUCGCCGAGGCGGACCGAAACCUUGCAGCUGCCGGGGAAGCGCUGAACGAGCUGAAGGCUUCCCAUGCCUAUUCUGUUGUCAUCGCCCGGGCUCAAGGGGCAGAAUGGUUCGUUGGCUCUGCUGCGUUUCAGGACGCCGUGGCGGUCGCGUCGGCAAAUGUAACCACGGAGAUCUACAACGAGAUCCGUGGGAAAGUACUGCAACACUGCCCGGAUUUUCCAAUACGUGAGCUGGUCUUCUUUGACGAGGGGGAGCUAGACGAGCAGGGUAAGAGCCUUGCUCCCCUCGCUGAUACAACUGUGAGGCUGAGAUGGGAUUUGAACGAGGAGGGCGUUCCCGUCUGGCCACCGUCCAUUUUGGAGGACGGGGAGGACCCAGCAGGAUUGCCCUCAUUUGAUGCAUGGGUAGAGGGUGCUCCUGUAGCUGAGCAGGAGCCUUCAAGCACCCCACCCAACUCUCAGCCCGCUGCUGUGCCAGCCAGCUCACCCGUUAGCGCGCCAGCCUCCGAGCUCGCAGCCGAAUCCCCUCCUGCUCGCUCUCCUGCAGCUGCUACGGACGCAUCCAUGCCCGUCGAUCUGACGGAUGACUAGAUUUAGGGUUGUUUCUUUUGAUUUUUUGUACUUUGCUUUUGUAUUUUUGGUAUUUGAUCAAAGGAUCUAUCCCCGAUGUAUGUCAAAUGUAAAA